AAAUUGGACGCUAUUAUUACUAUUAUUCAUAGGAUAAGAGAAUACUAGAGACACUAAUAAUAAAAUGCAGCCCCCACCGCGUAAGGGUAACUAUGUGAAAUUCCUGAAGAAUUUACAUACGGAACAAGUGGCCAAGUUGCAGCUGAAGAAUCAACAUGAGUGCGAUUUGCUCGAGGAUAUACGACAAUUCACCAUUAAGCGUUCGGCCGUGGAAAAGUCCUACAGUGAGGCACUGCUCAAGAUAUCCUCACAGUAUUUGAAUAAGAAGAUACCCAAUAUACCGGAUAUCAAAAUGGAGGGAAUGGAAGAAAGAUGGAAUAUGUGGAGCGUUUGGCGUACGGUAUUGGAAGAAAACGAAAAACUUGCCCGAGCUCGUCUGGCGGCCAUUGAAGUUUUCCAACAACAAAUUGCCGAUGAGGCCAAAGUUCUGCGUGACUAUAAAUUAGGUAUUGCCAAAAAAUCCCUCUCCUACAUUGUGAAUGUACAAAAGGAGCUGCAUUUGAGUGUCGGCGAUUUGGACAAGGCCAAGAAACAGUAUUUCGAUGAAGAGCACUGCGCCCAUGAUGUUCGUGACAAGGCCCGCGACAUCGAGGAGAAAUUGAAAAAGAAAAAGGGUUCAUUUUUCCAAUCGAUUACUUCGCUGCAAAAAAACAGUGCUCGGGUAACAUCGCGUAAGGAAUUGUUGGAGGAGAAAUCGACAGGAGCUCGAAAUGAUUACAUUCUGAGUUUGGCUGCGGCCAAUGCUCAUCAGAAUCGUUAUUUCACAGUCGAUCUACAGACAACCAUGACCACAAUGGAGAAUUAUGUGUUUGAACGUGUGGCGGAAUAUUUGACUCUAAUGGGUCGUACCGAAUUGUUAACCUGUUCGGCAACACAAAACUCGUUCGGCAAGAUUCGUGAUCAAGCCCAACAGCUGACCAGGGAAUAUAAUUUACAAUGCUGCUAUCUCUUCUAUCCGGUACUCAAGCAACAUAUUCAAUACGAUUUCGAACCAUGUGACAAUGAUCCGAUACGCAAGGUUACCACAGAACAUGAAUCGGCCGUUGAGACGCUUACCAAAGAGGCUAAGAAUUUAGCUGGUCGUGUGGUUAAGGAGAAUCUUUCGAUUCGAGAAAAUGCCAAGAAACUGGCAGUAUGUGUUGCUCUACGUGAUUCUGGCCAACGCACCGAUCCAAAUGAUCCCAACGGCCCCGAUUUGGAUACUAAGAUUGAGGAGUUCCGUGAUCAAAUACGAAGAUCAGAAACAGAGAAAGCCAAGGCAGAGGCGUGCUUGCAAAGUCUACGUGAAGGUGGUAUAAAUGUCGAUGAAUGGGUUCAAGAGGCUGAGAUUAUUGGGGCUCAGGAACUGACACGCUCGGCAAGUUCGAUUUCUAUGCGUACAGAUGCCUCCGGGCAAGGGGAAAAUCCAAGUUCAGAUUCAUUCUAUGACAGUGAUAAGGAAGAGGCUGCUGGUGGUACUCAGGCGGCUGCUCCUGCUUCGUCAACCAAGGAACAACCUGAACUUACCAGAGAUCAUACAUUUAGUGAUAGUGAUGAAGAAACCGAAGAACACAUACCAGAACCAACAACAACAAUGCCAGCAAUGAGCGCUAAUACCGGUUGGGAAGAUCCAACUGAAGUUAAUUGGGGUGGCGAAGACGAAGAAGAAGAACCCGAAGAACCCAUUGUUCCUGAACCCAAAGAGGCCAUAUUCAAGUGUACCGCUCUAUACAGUUACACUGCCCAAAAUCCUGAUGAACUGACCAUUGUCGAAAAUGAACAACUCGAGGUAAUUGGCGAAGGUGAUGGCGACGGUUGGUUGCGAGCCCGCAACUAUCGCGGCGAAGAGGGUUAUGUACCACACAACUAUUUGGAUAUUGAACAGGAAGCGGCCGCCAAUGGUAGUGCAGCUAAUCAAUUGCGUUCUCAGAUAUCUUUCUCAUCUGUCGAUUAUACCGUUGAUAAUGAAGAUCAGACCGUGGAUUCGAUGCAAUCGCCAGAUCAGGUGUCGGUCAUAAUGGCUCCACAGAAAAAGAAAUCCGAUGUUAUGUAUUGUAUUGCCUUGUACGAUUAUGAUGCUACCGCUGAGGAUGAGCUGACCUUCGAGGAGGGACAGAUAAUAAAAAUAGUUACAAAAACGGCACAUGGCGUUGAUGACGGUUGGUGGGAAGGUGAAUUGGAUGGUAAAUUUGGUAAUUUCCCCUCAUUGGUUGUGGAAGAGUGCGAUGAGAAUGGUGAACCGUUGACCGAGGGUGGUGAAGAUUCACCACCACCUACAGCACCGCCCAGUUUUGCACUCCCACCUGCACCAGCACUACCGCCAGAGUAUGCUCAUGAAUUGACCGAGGAUAUGUUCGGAUCGCAGGAUACGGCAGAUGACGACAGUGGCUAUAUACCAAAUGGUGCUGCACCCAGCAUGCCUCCUCCAGCACCGAAAACAAGCACUGCCAAAAAGGUGCUCAUACAAGAGCAGGAUGAUGAGGACGAUAUCGAGGAAGAUGGUAAUCCGCCACCCUCACAACCGCCACCUUCAUUUACUGCACCCACAUUGGGCGCCAAGGUUACAAAGGACAAAGGGAACACAUUAAAUUUAGGUAUGGCACAAAUUAUUGUUACCGCUGCAACCCCAAUGGUUGAAGACGGAUCCGAUAAAUCUUUCCCUCCAGUAGAAGACAAAGACGCGGAUGAUGCGGAUGAUAAGAAAACUAAGCCAAUUGGUGCCGGUGAUGGUGGCGGUGGUGAUCAUGAUGACGAUGCCGAUGAUAGCAAAAAGAAGGCCACCAAACAAUCGGAGAUACCACAAAUAAUUGAAGGUAAUGAAGCCCUCGAGGCUGUAAGUGUAACAAUAACACUAACCUCGCCUACACCCAAUCCAGAGGAUUUACCCUCAUCUGAUCAGGAACAUGAUUCGUCAGAAGUUCAGCCCUUAGAAGAGGCCGAAGACCCGUUUAAUGAGAAGGCAAAUGCUGGUGCCAGCACCGAAGCCGCCACUGGAUUUGAGGCGAAUUUCGAGGCGAAUUUUGAUGCGAAUUUCGAUGAUGCAUUUGCAAGUGCCGGAGGCGGCGGUGGUGGUGGACCACAAAGUGUGGAUGAAUCGCAUCAGGAGCAGGCCGAUGUUGUGGAUGCACCCAAACAGGUGGUGGGUGGUCGUGCCAGUAUACCGGAAGAAUUGGAUUCAAAUCAAUUGGCAAGAUUACAAAAUCUGAAAGAAUCGAAUGCUUAA